UACACGGAAAUUACGUUGAUCCGCUGCUGCGUCAACGUGCCAAGGUUAGUGAAGACUAGUGAACUAAAGUAACGUCAUUAUCAAAAUAUUAGAGAGAUAAGCACCACACGGACUUUAUUUUCCUAACAAACGUAACAGGUGCAGCACCUGGGAGCCAAAGCGGUGUGCUGUCAUGUGGCCUCUAGUUUGGACAGCGGUACGGACCUAUGCCCCUUAUGUCACCUUCCCUGUGGCCUUUGUGGUGGGAGCAGUGGGCUACCACCUGGAGUGGUUUGUCAGGGGGACCCCUAAACCUCGAGAGGAGAAGGGCAUCCUGGAGCUGAGGGAGGAGAGAAAGCUGCAGGAACAAGUGGGCAUGGACAGCACCCAGGUGCUUAGCCUGAAAGAGAAACUGGAGUUCACACCUAGAGCAGCUCUGAACAGGAACCGCCCUGAAAAGAGCUAACCCGUGUUGGUGGGAGAGACUCGCGGUUGCCCUUUCUCAGCAGGAGAAUAGUGCAUUGGGAGCAAAGGGGUGAACCAGAAGGCAAAAACACCCAUUCUUCCCAUUCACCUCAGACAUACCCUCACUGCUGGCCACCCAAAAGCAUCAGCUUGCCUGUGUAAAUAUCAGACACUAGCUAGCUAGAGGGUAAUGAAAAACAUACUUUGUCUUUUAUCAAGUCAAAUAUAGCUUAUAUGUGCUGUAUGUGAUUUGUUGACCUCCCCUUGAUGUUGCACUUGCAUUGAUUGAUAACUAAAGCAAGACACUGCUUUGAACUGAUGUCAGGGUUUGAUGGGAAUUGGUCGUUUUCUGUUUUAUUUAAAUCUAGUUGUGGAACUAUGACACACAUUUUAUUAUGUCUUAUAUCUUUGCUGUUAAAUCACAAAAAUGUUGCAUUUCUUGCAACAACAAAAAAAAUUGAAUCAUGGUGCAAGCCUGUCGUAAAGUGUUUCUCCUUUUAAUCUUUUCUGUAUGUUGAGAACGGACUUCUGGUGACGGUGAACAUAAAAGCGGGGGAAGAAAGGCAGUUCUUUGUUGUAGUUCUUUUUAUCUCCUGUAACCUUUGAUGGUAUGUGACAAAAAUAAGUUAGCAGUGUGGGAGGUCUCUCAGGAAGUUUAAGCUGCUUAGUCCUCUUGUCUGGAACAUUUACACAACACUUUAAUUUUAGAAAGUCUGGAUGGAUUGCACACUAAAAGUUUUAUGUAUGUUACUGAAAAAUUUGAUAAAUAAAGGAAAUUUGCUGAAAGUG